AUGGAAAAAAGCAAUAAAAAUGAAGAAGAAAAAAAAAAAAUUAAAAAUAAAAAUAAAAUAUUGAUAUGCGGAUUAGUUUCCGGUGUAGUGACAAAAACAAUAUUUGCUCCAUUUGAUAGGAUAAAGCUUUUUUAUCAAAUACAACCAAUGUUCUAUCAUUAUAAUAUAAAAAAAAAAAUAUAUAACUUAAAAAACACCGAGAGUAUUAGUAAUAAUCUAUUAUUAAAUGGUCUAGAUAGUACAAAAGUAAAAAUAGAUGAUAAUAAUUUCAAUAAGACUACAGAAACUAAAAGAUUUAUAAGAAAUAGAAACAUAGUUUUUCAUAAUUUCAGAAAUUCAUUAAAAGAAAUAAUAACUAAUAAAAAAAAAGGAAAAAAAAUUUAUAUGAAGAAUAAGACACCAAGGAUUUAUAAAAAUCACAAUAUUUCAAUAAAAUCCCAUCAAAAUUUAAAAAAAAUUUUAUUUGAUUAUAAAAAUAAAUUAAAUAUGAAUAAUUUAAGUAAAAAUUAUAGAUUUUUAUAUAGUAAUAAUAUAAAAUAUAUGAUACGAAAUAAAAUUGGUUAUUUAAAUGGAAGAAGAAUAAAUAAUCAAGCAUUUAAAUAUAAAAACAUUAUUCAAAGUUUUAUUUAUAUAAUUAAAGAAGAAGGUGUACUAGGAUUGUGGAAAGGCAACUUAAUUAAUACAAUAAGAGGAGGAUUAGUAUAUUCUUCCAAAUUUGGGACUAAUGAUAUAAUAAAAGAAAAAUACAAAAAAAAAAAAAAUAAUGGCAAUGAAACUUUCAAUAAAGAUGAAAAAAAAUUAGCAAAUAGUAAUAACGAUAUGAAAAAUAGUUUUGAAGAAGAAAAAAAAAAAAAAAAAAUUAACUAUUAUGAGAGCAUAAUAGCAGGGUAUGCUUCAGGAAUAAUUCAGAAAACCGUUUCAUAUCCAUUAGAUCUUCUAAGUAUUAGAAUGGCUUUAGGUAUAAAUGAAAAAUAUUUAAGAAGUAAUUUACUAUACAAAAGAAAAUCGAUUUUCAAAAUAAUUAAAGAAAUAAAUACAAAUGAAGGAUUUGUUGGAUUUUUUAAAGGAUUUUUUCCAACAUUACUAACAGGUGUACCUUAUGUAACCCUACAAAUGCUAUUCUUUGAUUUUUAUAAAAAUAUUUUUCAAAAUUACUUCUCUCAUAAAUCUAAUUCGUUAAGCUCUAUUGCCUUUUUUUCAUCAAUAUCUGGAUCAUUAAGUAAUUUAACGUCUUUAAUAAUUGUUUUUCCUGGAGAUACUGUUAGAAAAAGAAUGAUGAAUAAUGGAAUAGAUAACAAAAAUUAUAUUUAUAAAAAUACAUUUCACUGCAUUAAAAAUAUUUAUUAUUGUGAAGGCUUUAAGAAUUUCUAUUACGGGUUACUACCAUCUAUGCUUAAAGCUAUUCCAUCUGGCGCAAUUCAGUUCAUGUCUUAUGAGGUUUUGAAAUACUUAUUGACACAAAAUUGA